AUGCCCCAUCCCUCAAGAGGAGUUACGGGCCCUCGUGCAAGACGUUCGAACAUGCACUUUAGUUCCUCAGGUGGCUUAUCUCCAUCAUCUAGAGAAACUGUAGAUCCCAUAACUGAGCUAUUAAGUCAACUCUCGGGUGUUCGGAGUCCUGCUGUGCAGGCUUCAACUUCGUCAACUUUACAACAACUACAAAUGCAACUUCAAUUGGAGAGACAACAAGUUAGGGCUGCUAGACAACAAGUGGAACGUUUACCACGACGACCGACUCAAUCAGCAUCGUCUGGUUGUAAUUCUAUAUCUCUUGCCGCUCCGGCACAAGAUAUGCCAACGCAGCCUCAAGCAUCCCAGUCUCAGUUUCUUCUUUCGAGAUGUAUGGACGAAACUAUGUCUGAUGCUGAGCUUCAGGUUUGGGAGCAAGAGAGAGCGGAUCGUAGUUUAUUUGUUCAAGAACUUUUUCUAUCAACUUUAGCUGGAAUCGAGGCCUUGACAGGACCUAGCGCUGAUACUUUCAAUUCAAUCGAGAAUAGGGUAGAACAAGAUAAUGUAGGAAUUAAAAAUAGCGGCAUUUCAGAGGAAAUAAGCAAUAAUAACGGCGUUCAAACUUCAAGUAAUUCUGAAUCGUGUCGUCAAAAUGUACUUCAACAGGGGGAGGAAAUGUCGCAAGUUUCUUCCGUGCAGACGCAAACAUCAAACGUAGCCGUUGCAAAAAAUAACGCAACGAGUAGUAAGCGUGUCACUAGACAACCCCCGCACACGCAAAACACAGGUGCUCGUCCUCAGUCAUCUCAUCAAGGAUCAACGUCGGGUAGUCAUUCAGAGGUGAGGGGUGUCGCUCCUCCUAGGGGAAUACUUGCUCCCCAGCAACAGGUUCGUCAUUUGCCUGGUUUAGUGUCGUCCCUCGGUAGGACAAAUUCUAGGAAACCGGUUAGGCCGGUCGACGGACGUAAUCAAGCAACGGAGCCUCCUCCACCUCAUUAA